AUGGAGAUCGGAAUCCCCAAGGAUCCUCCAAAGCUCGCGGGAGAUCCAUUGUCGCUUGAGCCAAAAGAAAUCUCAAAGAAUAGGUUAUACUUUGAUUCAACAGAGGCUCAUAGGAAAUAUGGUGGAAUUGGAACUCUUCUUGUGAUCAAGGUCAGUGACCUUAUUAACUGCGGUGUUUAUGUAUUCACACCUGAAGUUUUCACUGCCAUAAAAGAUGUUUCCACUCAAAGGAAUGAUACAGGUAAAAUCAGUAACAAAGAUCUUACAGAUCUUCUCAAUCUUUGGGAGCAAAUCAAAUCUCCUGGGUGGAAUGUCCGUGAGGUGGUCGGAGCUUUAUCUUUCCCAGUUCCGGUUAACCUCUCCCCAGUGAGUAGCAACAUUGUUCCUAGAGCAACAUAA